GCCAGUGAGACCAGCUGGAAUUGUGGUAAUUUUGACUGAUCAUGUGUAAAACACAAUGUUGAUGGAGGUUUAUCAAAAACUACAAUUCAAAUUUUAUUUUGUAGCUGUUGACCGAGCUCCGUUUCUUAAGGCUGUAAAAUUGGCAAAUAAAAACAACAAGUAAAUACAAGUGAUAUUGGUAAUAUAUUCAAUGUUUACUUUUUAUGGAGCACUUUAAUUACUAUUUAACCAAACGUCUUUUAUUUUAGUACGUACUGUACAGGUAAUUGCCAAUUUUAUACAAGAUUACACUGGCGUAAACGAUAAUAAGAAAAAGCUAAUGCGGAGAAGAAUACUAAGUCUUGAAAAAUAGGUUUUUUAAUGCACGUGCAUAUAAUCUGAUGGGUGGCAGCCUCAACCUUGGACUUUGAGCGACUGAUGUGAGAAAGACUUGACCAGAAACCUGAGGGUCUCUCUCAGCCAAAAACAAUAAUAAACAGUCUAACGCUUGUACCUCAUUCAUGCUCAUUGACUCCGGGUCCGAACAGCAAAGAAGGUACUUGGUUUUGAAUUCAUAUUUGGCAAAAUAUCUCUCUAACUUAAACGCAGCCGGCGCGCAGCGACGAAUCAUCUCUAAAUACUACUUGGACUUUAAAUUUCUGUAAUCAACAAAUGGGUAAUGGCUUGUUGCCGAUACAAUGUUUGAAGUCUGCUUUGCUACACCGGUUGAAAUGUACAACAAUGAGUAAAUUUACAUAAUCUAUAGGUAAAACCAGUUACAGCGUUAGAUCAGUAUCGUUAACCAGUUACAGCGUUAGAUCAGUAUCGUUAAAAGAAAAAGAAAAAAUUUAUUACAGUAAAAAUGAGCUUGUCUUGAUAAUCAUAACACCUGCCGGCAACUUCCUGCUUGACAUCGUCAUGCACCUUGUGUAGUGGCGUCAGAGGCGGCAAUUUUUGUUGUUUGAACUUCUCGAAAGCUUGGUUCUCGUCUCCAGAGGUCAUUAAUAUGCCUAAAAGUGGCAAGGGCCUCCACUGCACUAUCAUAGAUGGCGCUCCGCAUGUCAACCUGUUCCACAGUCAGGAAAUGUUUAACAUUGGUCCGAACUAUAACAAGUGGGUUCAGUCAGAAUGGGACUCAGACCUUUCUUCACUCACUUCCUUCGGGUUGCAGGCACAAGAUGUGUUCCCAGCAGAUGACCCCAAGUGUUACAUGUACUACUCACUAGAGGGAUUCUUGAUGCUCUUCUUCAAGAAAGUCUGCAUUCAUAGUCUGGAUGCUCAGAGAAAAAUGGAUUAUAUAAAGUUUCUGAGGCACGUUUGUCGUGUUUAUGCACAACAGGUGACCAAAGUAUUAUCAGACUCGGAGGGGAAGAAGACCGCCCAGGUUGACCUGAUGGAGGCUGCCAGCGGAGAUUGGGGAGAGGGGUGGUCAAAUCACACGUCAAUGAAAACACCUCAGUUACAUGAGAAGUCUAGUCCAGUUAGCAGUAUACUAAGUCCUAGUAUAAAAGAGAGAGUCUCAGUCCCAGCAGUCAAAAAAUCAAAGUUGAGCCAGAAAGUAGAUGAACUACUUGAACGUAGGUCCCGCGAGAGCAGCCCCAAUGUGGCAGAUCACGGAAUGAAUGGCAUGAGGGCAGCAACUGGUCACCAGGGGUCAGCACUAGAGCAGAGGAACGGGUCACAUGAAAGGAGCAUCAGGGAAAGCCCAACAGGUACAGGCAAUUCCAGUCUCCAGUCUGGUGUCCCUUGCAUUGCCUCUCCUCCAGUGGUCACGCCAGAACCCAUCAAAAUAAAGGUGGAGCCACCAGAUGAUACCAUGGAGGAAAACAAUCACAGAACUGACCAAUCAAACACAAAAGAAAUCUCAGGUGACACAUUAGGAACCAGUCCCUAUUCAACCAUGUGGAUGCCGAAAAUAGGUCAAACAUCUUCUCUAGCACAAGGUCAAGGUCAGCCAGGUCAGGCACAGGGCCUGGCCGACCAAGGGGACAAACUGACCACUGGUGAUCACCCAGUGGCCAUGCACCUGAGAAGGAAGGGCUACUCGUGCUUAACUUGCAAACAGACUUUUGCCAACGGGAAACAGCAUUGGAUGCACAAACUGGAAACGGGGCACGGACAAAUUUUCUGUGAAAUCUGCCACACGCGGUUCUUGAUCGAGGAAGACCUGGUCGACCACGUGUGUCACGGUCAGGACGAUUCGCUGCAGUUACAUUGCCUCAAGUGCAACAAAAAGUUCCCCAAUUUUCAAAGCAAAAAGGCACAUCAGCGUUACUGUGGUCGUAGUUAUCGCUGCAAUGACUGCAAGCAGAGGUUUCCCGACCCUGACAAGUUGCUGUCCCACAGGAUCGUGUGUACGGGGCCCACAGCGAGCACCGACGGCGACAUGGCGAAAAUGCCAACUGAAAAAUCGCGCACCAGAAAGGUGGCCGCGGCUGCCAAGCGCAAGCUAGAGGAGGCAGACAUUGAAGAGGGGAGACCUUUACUAAACUGUGUGUACUGUGGGGCGUGGCUAGAGAACGCUGAGUAUGGGAAGCAUGUUCAGAGGUGUAAAAAACAGUUCAGAGGGCGGGAUAAAGGAUUCAAGUGCUCGGACUGUGAACUGCGGUUUAAAACGGCAGAGGAAUUAGUCUCGCAUCGUGUUAUACAUACAAAUGCCAAAUGAUCCACACCCCAUAAUUUCACAGAACUGGUCCUUCUCUUAAAUAUGAACUCUUUUUUUAAUAAUUUAAAUGAAAGAAGCUGUAAACGGGAUUAAUUUUAUUAUUUUGAAAGAAUGGGACAAGUCGCGGAAUAUUUGCUGAUCUGUCGACAGAGGCAACCGUUUUAGAAUUGUACUGCGCCAGCGUCACGUUAGAUACGAAACUUACGUACUCUUGUUUCUAUGUCGUUCUGAAGGUGAUUCUGCACACGCUUUUAAUCUUUGUGUUAGAUCGGCUAAAAACACUAUAAGAUGGCAUUUAUAUUUCUGCAGAUUUCAGCUGCUGUGAGCAUAUAGGAUAUUUUGAAAUGUGACAGUAUUAUGACAACCCGGCCUUUGUGACAGUCAUUUUUCAACCAGAGAAUUAUGAAGAGAAGAGUAAAGUCCUUAUUACCUGUAAUGUCAAAAAUCUGAAGCCCUUGGAGGAUUAUUUUUUUUAGAAAUUUGGUGCUUUAUACAUUGAGUCAUUAGUACUUUAACUUACGGUAUCUGGUUGAACCGCCACGAGAUUUCAAGAAAAUAGUUUUGAAUUAAUCAUAUGUACAUGUAUUUGCUUUUGAUAAAAUCCUUGUAAAGAAUCUGACUAAUAUUAUUGUUUUUGUAUUUUUGCAUUCUGGGUGCUCCAGAAAAGAGUUGCUCAUAUGGAGCUCGAAAAUAUUCCUUUUACAUGAGGCAUAUUGAAUAACUAACAAAUACUGAAGGGUUGCCAAGUUCAUUUAUAGACGGCGCUAAAAGUGUGUCUUGUAACUGUGCUAGAGAUAACUGUUGUAAACAGUCCUUGUUGUACCUACUAAAUUAUGCAGCUAAACCGAUGUUCCCAGCUUUAAUUAUAUUGUCCUUGUUUAGUUAUUCUCGUACCGUAGAUGAUUCAAUAACAAUAUGCUCAUUUACCAUG